AUGGACAACCACGCAACAAACAUACCUCUCGAGACUGUCAUCAGUCACACGCCUUCGCACUCGCCUUCUAAUGCCCACAAUGAAAAGGCUGAGAGGCCACACAUGUUCACCCGCGGGCGCAGAAAGUUGGCCGCCAUAGAUGAGAGGACAGGCGCGCCCAUCCCUCCUCGCGACCAGGAAGAAAAGACUGCUCUCAAUCGCAUGGGCAGGCUCUACACCAAGAUCUUGAACUGGAGUAUUGUCACGCGCUACAUGGUCUAUGUCGCACCGGUUGCGCUCCUAUUGGCCAUUCCUAUUAUUCUUUCGCAAACCGGUACCAUCACAGGUUCGAUUAGCGGCACAAACCAGAAGAAGUUCUGGAUCUGGAUUGAGAUUAUCUGGCUGAGUUUCUGGAUCAUGAAGAUUGUCGCCCACUUCAUUCCUAAUCUUUUUGAGUUUUUGGUUGGAGUUGUCAGUCCUGGUGUCAAGAAGUACGUCAAGCUGCUGAGAGCAGUGGAAAAAUCUUUGUCGUUUGUUCUGUGGAUGGUCGUCAACCAAGCUACGUUCCCUGCUCUUGUUCGACCCAUCCCUGGCAGAACUGGUGACAGGUAUCCAUCUUGGCUUGACCCCAUGCAGUCGGUUCUGCUUGCGCUCCUUGUCUGCACCAUCAUCAUCUUCGGCGAACGCGUCUUCAUCCAACUCAUCAGCAUCAGCUACCACCGCAAGCAGUUUGAUGAUAAGAUCAAGGAGUCAAAGCGCAACAUCUACCUUCUUGGUGUACUCUACGAUACUUCGCGAAGCUUGUUCCCCGCCUACUGCAACGAGUUUGCUGAGGAAGACUACAUCAUCCAGGACACAAUCCUUGAUCUCGGACUAUUAAGCAAAAAGGGAACCUUCAAGCACGGUCGCUCGGGCAGCCGCACCCCUCUGCGUCUCAUCCAGGAAGUUGGUCGAGAUGCCGGCCGCAUUGGUGAUAAGAUCACUUCAGUCUUCGGUACUAUUGCCUCAGAGAUCACUGGCAAGAAGGUAUUCGAUACCAACUCAGCCCACUCGAUUGUCAUUACCGCCCUCGAGAGGAACAAGAGUGCCGAGGCACUCGCCAAGCGUAUCUGGAUGUCUUUGGUUGUCGAGGGCAAGAACGAGCUUUACCUAGAGGACCUUAUCGAAGUAAUGGGACCUAAUCGCCAGGACGAAGCAGAGGAAUGUUUCGCUUCAAUUGACCGCGACGGAAACGGCGACAUUAGUUUGGAGGAGAUGAUCCUUACCGUGACUGACUUCGCCAGGCAGCGCAAGUCUAUCAAUUCCAGCAUGCAUGACGUUGACCAGGCAAUCAACGCCCUGGAUGGCCUUAUCAUGACCAUUGCCCUAAUCAUCUGUCUCUUCGUCUUCAUCGCCUUCCUUGCUCCAGGUUUCCGCACUACUCUAGCCACUUCGGCUACUGCUCUCCUCUCCCUGUCCUUCGUAUUCGCUGCUACCGCCCAGGAAGUUCUUGGUUCCUGCAUUUUCCUCUUUGUCAAGCACCCGUACGACAUUGGCGAUCGUGUUGAUAUCACUGCAACAGAGCUGACUGUCGAACACAUUCAGCUGCUCUACACGGUCUUCAAGCGCGUUAGCAACGGCAAAACCGUCCAGAUCCCCAACAUCGUUCUUAACGGAUUAUGGGUGGAGAACAUCACCCGAAGCAAGGCUAUGCGAGAACAGGUCUCUGUCUUCUGCGAUUUUGCCACAUCCUUUGAGGAUAUCAACCUACUCAAGUUGGAAAUGCUCAAAUUCGUUCGGGAACCAGUUAACGCUCGCGAAUUCCACCCUGAUAUCGAUAUCGAGGUUGUCAGCAUUGCUGAAAUGAACAAGUUGGAGCUUCUCGUCGAAAUCAGACACAAGAGCAACUGGUCCAACGAAUCGCUUCGUUCCGCUCGCCGGUCCAAGUUUAUGUGCGCAUUGGUCGUUGCUCUCCGCAAAGUUCCUAUCAAUGGCCCGGGUGGCGGAGAUGCUACUCUCGGUUCUCAGGAUAAACCCACUUGGUCUGUUGCAGUUCCUCCAGCUGAAGCUGUUGCUGCAUACCAAAAGUACAAGGACAGCACUGACGCAAGCCGUAUGCACCCUCUCAACCCACCCAAGGACGAGAAUACUGGUGCGUCUACAGGAGUUGAUUAUCUUGGUGUUGGUGGUGAAACCCACGCCAUUUCUGCACUCAACAACCGUAGGCCCGGCCACGACGCAGUCCGAGAUGACACUUGGGAGGCGCGUGGCGACGAUGCUAGCACUAUCGGUCGCCCAAGCAUGGACCAGAGGCCAGACCUUGACGAAGUCCGUGGUUUGCUGCGUAAGGUCAGCUCUGUUGGAAAACGCAAGGGUGGUGCAACCUUGUCUCCAUACGGUUCACGCCUCUCGGUAGACAGUACUCGUCAGAAUCCACCACCGCCUCUGCCACUCCAAGUAGUACCAUCUACCAGCCAGAACUCAUUCGCACCGCCGCCAUCAGCUCUUUCAACACGGCCUACGCGUAGCACAGCGCCCGGUUCGCCGAGCUCAAUCUCUACGGGUCAGGUAGAAGAGUUUUCGUAUCAAACCAUGGUGCCACCGCCUCGCUCACGGAGCCGACCGCGUGCACCGCAAGUAGAAGAGGACGAGGGCGAGAGGCAAUGGGGCGCUGGAUCUAAUAACCCGUACAGAGGCCAAGGAUCACCACAACAAGGGCCAUCUAAGCGCGAGUAA